AUAUUUCAUGACCACGUCUAAUCAAGUGAACCUACAAACUUUUAUUUUAAUUUUCUCUCUAUCACUGUCGAAGGAGGCAAAAUGCUAGAGACAGCUUGGUGAAUACUUGUUUGCUUGCUCAAUGAUUUCAUGUGAAUAUUUGGUCAAAGAUUCCCAACAUGUAUUGUCAAAAGUGUCGUACAUCAUUGAAACUUGAUAGCUCUUUGGAAGACCUGAACCCUGCGGCAUUUGAUUUAUUGGUCGGUUCGUGAUCUUUUUCUAACGCAAACCUCUGAAGUUAAACUCAAGCUUAUCAUCAUUGCUUUCUAGGUGCGACCUCCCAAAACCAUCCCAAAAAUAUCCCCCCUUCACGGCCAGCAUAUCCUCAAGAACGAAAACAACUUUAUGAUCGUGUCUCGAAGCAUGCCGCUCCGCCAACCUUCAAACGGACAAUAUCUGCACCCCGUCGACAUGAUUCUAGUUUAGCAGACACGAUGAGAAGCGGCUUGAACAAUCCAGCCAUGUCUUUUGUCAUGCUGACGGAAUCUCAAGUCGUACCUCCUUCAGUUGCUAAACCACCCGAAGACACGGACGCAAAUCAACCACAAGAAGAUGAUCUACCCGGUGGAGAAGCACCGGACGGUCAGGGUAAAGCGAUGUCGCAAGACAUGGAACGGGUAUCAAGGCUUUUCGAGAUUCUUACGGCGCGAUCCGAUAUAGAUCAUCCUAUCUGUGUUGAGUGUACAGAGAUGCUUGUCGAUGGGCUGCAAAAACGAUUAGAAGCUGCCACUCGAGAAAGGGAUGCAUAUGUCGGAUUUUUGAAACAGGUCAAUGCCGAAUUACCAACAGAGGAGGAGUUGAAGGAAGCAAAUGAUCUUUUGUCAAAGGUGCGAGCAGAUGAGGCCGCGGCAAUUGAAGAGCUGAAGAAGAUCGAAGCGGAAACUGCCAGGGUAAAUGAGGAAAAUGCUCAGCUGGAAGAAGAGGCCAGAGCUCUUGAUAUUGAAGAAGAGAAGUUCUGGAGUGAUCGAAAUGAGUUUGCGAUGAAGCUCUCGGAGUUUCAAAACAUAAGGGAUAGCAUCAAUCUUCAAUAUGAUCAUGAUUCACAGCUAUUGGAGAAAUUGCAAAGAACGAAUGUCUAUAACGAUACAUUUUGCAUAAGCCAUGACGGAAAGUUUGGUACAAUUAAUGGCCUACGACUUGGACGACUCUCAAGUGUGCCAGUGGACUGGCCGGAAAUCAAUGCAGCAUGGGGCCACGCAUUGCUUCUUCUAGCUACUGUCGCCGACCGUCUCAACUUUAAAUUCGAAGGAUACGAGCUUCAGCCCAUGGGCUCAACCUCUCGAAUAAUACGUUAUGAUUAUCCAUCGCCGUCUGCAAGUCGUUCUAGCUCCCAACGUGGUAAUAACACUCGACCGCCUAAGAAAUCUAUUCUCGAACUUCAUUCAUCUGGUGAUAUGCCCCUCGGGCUUACCUUCAUGCAUCGUAAGUUCGAUAUAGCUAUGGAGGCAUUCCUCGAAUGUAUGCGCCAACUAGGUGUCUUUGUCGAACAGGAAUCCGCCAGGACCUCGGAAACUGGACGAGGGCUUAAACUGCCAUAUAAAAUUGAAGGAGAGAAGAUAGGGGAUGUCAGUAUCAAACUAGGCAUAGCACAAGACGACGCAUGGAGCAGAGCGUGCAAGUUCACCCUCACAUGCUGCAAGUUUUUGUUGGCUCACGCAAGUAAUGUUAAUAAUGCGAGAAGGAGUAUAUAAAAUAUGGGCAUAGGGAUCUCACGGCGCACUUGAUUAGGAAUGAGCCAUAUAACCGGCAUUUCUGAACUUGGGAGUAGAUUUAUGGCGUUUCACAUCAUCACUAUGUUUUCACUACGCAAAGAUAUCUCAGGAAAGUUUGGCAAACAAUAAGUAAAUUGUUUCUAUUCUCUAUCUAAUUCAGCUCACCUGAUUGUGGUAUUUCUUGUCGAUUUGUUGCAAAUUCCAC